AUGUCCCCCUCCCGCAAGCUCAUCUCCUCCGGCUCCCCGUUCGAGGCUCGGAUCGGGUACUCCCGAGCUGUAGUCCAGGGUGACAUGGUUUUUGUAUCUGGAUGUACUGGCUACGACUACAAAACAGGCCUCAUCUCCCCCAACGUCGUCGACCAAGCAGAGCAAACCUUUCAAAACAUCGCCGCUGCCUUGGCCGAAGCAGGCGCUGGGAUGCAGGAUGUUGUGAGAGUGAGAUACAUCCUGCCAGACAGGAAAGACUUUGAAAGCACCUGGCCUGUGCUCCAAAAGUGGCUGGGCAAUGUGAGACCUGCCGCUACCAUGAUCCAGGCUGGGUUGAUGGAGGAGGUGAUGAAGAUUGAAGUUGAAGUCACCGCCAAAAUAGACAGGUAA